AUGCUUGUCUUAUGUGUGGUGUGUUUGCUGAGAUGGAAUGGCAUAUUCUGGUGUCAUGCCAUUUUCUUUGUCAUGUUGGGAGUAUGGGCAGCUGCAGGAAGAGAUGUUUCUUCUCUUCUGUCGUGGUUGAACGAUACUUCAAGGCUAGUAGAUGGUGAGUCUAUGGGCAGAGUGGUAAUGUUGUGUUGGGCCAUUUGGUCAGCAAGAAAUGAUCUUCUAUGGAAGCAGAGAGUUCGAAGUGUGAGAGAUGUGGUUGUUUUUGCCAAUUCGAGUCUUGAUCAAUGGUUGAAAGCUCAAGGAAAGGGUCCCUUGAUGUCUCCACUCAAAGAAGGAGAUGUUAGAAACACGAAUGGAAAUCUGGUUGCUGCUUUUGUUGGGUUCAAACAUGGCAAAGUCUCUCCUGAAUUGGCAGAAAUCAUGGGCAUUAGGGAGGCUUUAAGUUGGCUUAAAAAUCACACUUACACACAGGCUAUUCUUGAGAUAGACAGCCUGGUCUGUGUUAAAGCUAUUCAGAGUGUAGAAAUAUUUGCUUCAACAUUCGGUUUGGUGGUGGAAGAUUGUAAGAACAUUCUUAAAAAUUUGUUAAAUGUUUCAGUAUUUUUUGUUGAGCAUUUUGCGAAUCGUGUUGCGCACUUUGUUGCUCGGCAUUCUAUUUCUUUACCUGAACGUAUGUUCUCUAUUAAUAGUGUUCCUUUGGAGUUGAUGUCUAUUCUUACGAGUGUUUGCUCGAGUCAAUAA